CAAUGGAACGCCCUUGAUUAAAAGUAAAAGCCGGCAAUUCUAUAGUAGUUUUAUGAAGUCGAUAACUAUAACAACCUAACCAUUUUAUUGAAAGCAUUAAAGAAAUGGCUAAAAUUAAAACUUGCGUUUCCUUUCUUUCAAAAAUACUACCUAUCGUGUGGAAUUUUUGUAUUUCUGUUUUUUUUUCGUAUGGUUUAUAUUCAUCUUAGACACACAUUCUAUUGGAACUCCAUCCUUCUUCUAUAAAUACCCAUAACUGUCUCUACAUUUUCUUCAUCUAACGUGUUGCGGGUUCUUCCGUUUCAUCAUAUAUAACUUUAAAAUGGCAAAAAGAUCAACUGCCACCUAUACAAUCCUUCUCCUCCUCUUCGUUCUUGCCAUUUCAGAAAUCGGUACAGUGAAAGGAAAAUUAUGUGAAAAGGUGAGCCAGACUUGGUCUGGAAAGUGUAAUUCCAAGAAGUGUGACAAAAAGUGCAUUGAAUGGGAGAAGGCCAUCCAUGGAGCUUGUCACAAGCGUGAAGGGAAAGGCGGCUGCUUCUGCUACUUUGACUGUGCCAAGAAACCUCCAAAAGAUGCAAAACCAGUUCCUCCUGAUGCCGUACCACCGCCUCCAAAAGAUGGUUCCCCUCCAAAAGAUUCGCCUCCUGCUGAUGGCGGCGGUUCCCCUCCUCCGGCUGAUGGCGGCGGCUCCCCUCCUCCGGCUGAUGGCGGUGGUGCCCCUCCUGCUCCUUCCCGACACUAAAAGCCUGCUCGUGGUAAAAGGAAAAGGAUAGCAAACCUUAUAUGAUAAAAAUAAAGGAGAAAAAUGCCUCGUAAUUAACAAAUUUAGCGUUUUCAAAGGUGUAAUAUGUGUUUCGUUUUUAAUCAAUAAUUUAAGAUUCAAGGCAUUAGUACUUUGUCAAUGUAAGAAAUCUACUUUUAUAAUCAUGUCCAAUAAGCACCAAUAAAAAAAAAAUCUGUUCUCGUAUGCAAAAUAGUCCAACCCAUGCAUGUAAAUACAUAAAAAUAUUGUAUGGCAUUUAUAUAUUUACAAUACUAGAAAAACUGGGAAAUAUAUACCCACAAAUUAGCGACAGCCAA